GCUGAUAGCUUCCUCAGCAACUACAACAGCUGCUUCCGAAUGCUAACGUGUUAGCUUACAGUAACGAUAACUGGGGUGAAACAGCUAAUUAGCUUAAUUAAUAGUUGGCUGACUUACCAGAAUAAGUAAUCUUUAAGAGGUUGUUGACAGUUUCGCUCAAACACACAGCAGAUUAAUAAUUCAAGAGCUAGUUGGCAUUUAGCAGCGACAACUAACGGCUAACUAGAAGCUGCUGAAUGAGUCAGCUGUCAGCUGCCUGAGUGUGUGUGUGUGUGUGUGUGUGUGUGUGUGUGUGUGUGUGUGUGUGUGUGUGUGUGUGGACAUGGGCAGGUAUUUCUACAGUGAGGAGGACAUUCAGAGUCCGUGGCAGCAGGUGUUUGCAGCCUUCUGGCAGCGCUACCCCAACCCCUACAGCUCCCAUGUCCUCUCUGAGGACGUCCUGUCCCGGGAGGUGUCGUCCUCUAACCUGCUACUGUCUCGUCGUCUGCUGCUGAAGACCAACCGUCUGCCGGGUUGGGCAGAGCGCGUCUUCCCUCCUCAGAUGGCGAGGGCGGUCUACGUCCUGGAGGACAGCGUGGUCGACCCAAACACACACACACUCACCACCAUGACCUGGAACCUCAACCACAACACACUCAUGACCGUGGUGGAGCGAUGUCUGUUUGAGGAGGACCGUAGUCGGCCAUCUUGGACCAAGCUGCGGCGGGAGGCGUGGAUCAUGUCGGCGGUCUACGGUCUGGCUCGGCCCAUACAGGAGUUUGGUCUGGCCAGGUUCAAAAGUAACCAAGUCAGAGCCAUUAAGGGUCUGGAGCACGCUCUGACUAGAGUCCAGGCCGAAGCCCCGCCUCCUCAGGGUUAAGCUCCACCUGCUCGGGCGAAGCUCCGCCCACUCAGAGUGAAGCUCUGUUUCCUCAGGGUUAAGCUCCGCCUCCUCAGGGCGAAGCUCCGUCCCCCUCAGGAUGAAGCUCCGCCCCCUCAGGGCGAGUCAGAGAAACUCAAACUUUAUUUCAGUUUAUUCAAUGAUUCUGUUUUAGAUAUCAAAUCAAAUCAAACUUUAUUUAUAUAGCGCUUUUCAUACCCUCUGGUCCUCGUCAGCACGCGUGCAGCUGAGUUUUGUAAUAAUUGUAAGUUGUGGAUGCUCUUUUUGGGAAGACCAGAGAGCAGGACAUUACAAUAGUCUAAACGACAAGAGAUAAAAGCAUGCAUCAGCACCUCCGUGUUGGCCUGAGAGAGAAACGGGCCAACUCUGGCUAUGUUCUUAAGAUGGUCAAAACCUAUCUUAGUGUUAGAAAAAUAGCUUGAGGAAACCUUGAAAAUUGAAUUAUCUGACACCAACAGAAAAUCCUCCCCUAUUUCUCUGCACAGAAUGUUCUCCAAAACAUUCAACAAAACCUCCCUGCCUAUGUUAGGAAGUUCGCUGCCAUCCAUGACUUGAUAUCUAAAAAUACAGUUUAAAAGGGUAUCAAUUGGCCCUGUGUCAUCAGGAGACACGGCGAUGUACAGCUGUGUGUCAUCAGCGUAUGUGUGUGUCUCCUAAAAUUGACCCUUGGGGAACCCCACACUUGAUUUCAUGCAUUCUGGAGGAGCAUGUAUCCAUACUUACAAUCAAACUUCGAUCUGAGAGAUAAGAAAUGAAACAGUUAAAAACAGUACCAGAGAGGCCGACCAGGGUUCGGAGUCUGUUUAAUAAAAUGUGAUGUUCUACUGUAUUGCAGGCGGCGCUGAGAUCCAGUAGAACCAAGACUGUUAAUUUCUGUGAAUCUAAAUUACACCUGAAGUCAUUUAAAAUCUUUAAAAGAGCUGUCUCUGUACUGUGGUUCAUUCUAAAACCAGAUUGAUAUUUCUAUAAAAAACUGUUUUUCUAAAAUUUUACUUAAAAAUGCUAAGUUGGAUACAGGCCGGUAGUUAUUUAAAAUGUUGGGGUCUAAAUUACUCUUCUUCAGAAGGGGCUUCACCACUGCCGUUUUGUAAGCAGUGGGGAAGACACCUGUCUGAAGAGAGCAAUUAAAAUGUGUUCCUCAAAGAAAGCAUAAAAUGAUUUUAAGAGGGAAUAGGAUCUAAAAGGCAGGUUGUUGGGUUUACUUGGGAGAAAACUCGAUCAAGUGUCCUUGCAUCAACCAGGGCAAAACUCUCCAGUGUUUCCUCAGAUAAGAGCGAUGGUUCAGGUGUGCAUUCUGGGAUAAAAGACUGGAUCUGAUACCAUCGAUCUUACUUCUGAAGUGGUCUGCAAAGUCCUCGCAGAGGGCCUCUGAUGGUGUCAUGUGAGCUUUAUUAAAACUGGUGUUGGUUAAAAGAUCGAAGGUGGAGAAAAGAAACCUGGGGUUGUUUUUAUUGUCUGUGAUGAGUUUCGAGAAAUGGGAAAUUCUUGCCUGUUUGACUGCGUUAUUGUAAGUUUUGAGUUGUAGUAUUUCAUGGUGAACUGUCAAUUUCGUUUUUCUCCACCUUCUCUCUGCACACCUGCAAUUUCUUUUUAGUUUUUUGAUGUUAUCGGUUCUCCACGGUGGUACAGGUUUUGUUUUUACAGUUUUAGUUAAAAGUGGAGCCACUGAGUCCAGUGUUGAUUUUAGUUUGGAAUUAAAAUUGUCAACAACAAAAUCACAGGGUGCAGGUAAAACCUCAGCAGGGGUGCUCUGUAAAAUCUCAAUAAAAUUUGCAGCCACUUCAGAAGUCAGGUAACGUUUCCUCACUGGGGGCCUCCUGAGGGUAAAAAUUGGCGAUGUUAAAAUACACACAGUAGUGGUCAGACACAGUCAGGGUGUGUCCCCUGUUGUGAGUCGGCUGUGCAACGUGAUGUUUAAAAUCUAGGCAGCAUAAAAGGUUUAAAAAUUCUCUGAACAUGGCGUCCGAGAUACUAUCAACGUGUAGAUUAAAAUCACCAGCUAUUAAAACCCUGUUAUAAGCAGUGUGUAUGAUUGAUAAAAAUACAGAAAGUUCACUGAUGAAAGAGGAAGAAUAUUGGGGUGGUCUGUAGGCUGUGAUGCAGAAAAUCGGAGGGCUGCUAAAAACAAAGGCGUAGUGACGCACAAAAGUGACGCAGCACCGAUGCCCCUCCUAAACCCCCUUGUGGAAAAUAAAAAAAUAAAAUUAGGUGGGCAGGUGGGCAAUAGCUGGUGCAUCGGUGCCAAGCCAUGUCUCUGUCAGUAGAAAAAUGUCCAGGUUGUGAUCUGUAAUUAGGUAAUUUAUGAUGAAGGUUUUGUUAGAGAGAGAGCGCAUGUUCAGCAUGGCCAGAUUAAUGAUCGUGCUGAACGUGCGCUCACCAGGUGUGGUGAUGGGGACCUGCAGGAGGCAGGUCAAGUUGCUCAGAACUUGGGCCUUAUUGCGAGGGCUUGAGCGCCGGUUUGUGAUUCUGAUUGGAAUGGGUAGGGGAGAAAUAAGAUAAGAGAGUUUGGGCAGAGCAGUAGUGAACCCGCCUUGGGGGAGCUAGCUUUGUAUGUAGGUGAGGGGGAGGCUUGCCUGUAGUGACCUGCGCUGACCAGGUGAGGAUUAUUUGGGCAUGAGGUGUGCGAUAGCCGUUUGGAUGGAUACCAUCAGGGCGGUAAAGAGAUGGGCAUUUCCAGAAAAGAUUAAAAUUGUAAAUAAAAGCUGCAUUGCGGGCUGCACAUGUUGAUUUCAGCCAGGUAUGCGACACCUCGGCUGUGAGGAGGUAUGGGUCCGCUGAUAAAAACUUGCUUGCCGUGGGCCUCGAGGGAGUCAAGAAGUUUAUUAAAAUCCCGUUUGAGCAGUUCGGAGGACUGGUCAGGAAUUAUGUUACAGCCAACGUGCACGACAACAUCCUGGGCGAGUGUGUGUGUGUCCAGGAUGCUAGCAGACUUUUCCUGGAUGUCUGCCACCUUAGCGCCGGGGAAGCAAAAUGUCUUUGCAGAUUUAUUUCCCACAUUUCUCACAAUCGAGUCUCCAAUGAUGAGCAUGGUUGGAAAGGGAGAGUUCAGUGAGGGAGACUUCAACUGUGGUGGAGGAGUGGAUGAAGGUGUGUGGACAGAGUGAGGAGUGGGAUCUCGCUGCGGCGCAGGUGUAAAUUGCGGUAUGGAGCAGCGAAACCUGGGGCGAGGAGUGACAGAUGGAGGGAUCUGCGCCAGCGGAGUACUGCAGGGGUCACUGGAUGUAGGAGGCCGGGAUUCCACAGCCAGAAGAGGAAAGUCAUGCAGGUCCAGAAUGUUGUAUCUGUUCUGCAGCUGUAUGGUGUGGUGAGGAGGCGCAUUUGACCAUAGACCAGCGCUCCUGAUGGGAUGGAGUGGAGCUGGCCAGGGCUGCAUGUUUUGGUCUAGCCCCAAGCUGGUUCCAGGAGACAUCAGGGACGGUGCCCGGAGCAGUGACAGGCUUUGGAGGAGAGGCAGCUCCGGCGGCCUCCUCGACUCCUACAGCAGGGAGCGAAGAAGCAGAGAUAUCGGGGGCUUGGGUGCAGGUUGUGCUGGACUGAAGAUGAUGGUAUCCAUUAACUUUUCAGCUUCCUGGAUCUUGUACAGUGUGGAGGUUCUUCUCUCCAGCUCAGCGACUUUAUCCACCAGGAGGGCGCAGCUGACACAGCUUGAUGAGGAGGUGAGUGGAGCCACGGUUUCCAGGGGGCGAUAGUGUUGUAUUUGUAUGUGUGAUUGUACACUCCGUACUGCCGUCGACUAGCGUGCCAUCAACUAGUUGCUCAGUUUGGCUGAGCACUAAACACAAAAAUGUAUUUUGUUGGCUUGUUUAAAAGAAAGCUGUGUUGUAGCUAGUUAGCUUAGAUAGUUAGCUUAGAUAGCUAGUGAUAACCGGUAGCAGCUAGCUAGCAACGCUCUAUAUAGUGUACCUGCACAACUGGAAAGUUAAACGGUUUCUUUUUCCAUCGGAGUAUGUUGUUGAAGUUGUCAAAGUAUGUUGUUAAUUCCCAUUGAGAUAGAUAAGAACACGUUAAGAACAAGGGAAUCUAAGUGACAGUGGUGUGGUUUCUCUCCAGCUUUCACGCAGCCAUCUUGGCAAACUCAGAGAAGGAACUGAACUAUUUUGUAAUCUAACUUUUUUUAAAUUAUUAUUUAUUAUUUAUUUCUUUUUUACACUCAUGUUUUUUUAAUCAUUUUUUAUUAUUUUGUAAUAUUUCUUUGUCAGUCUUUAAAUCCUUAUCAGUCUCCUGCUGGUUGAUUCCUAUAAUAAUUUUAACAAAACAGUGAAUUAAUCAGUUUUAUUUGUGCAGAUGAAUCAGAUCUGUGUUUAAAUGAUGUUUUAUAUAUUUUGUGUUAAAGGUUUUCCAGGCUUGGAAAAGUCUUGGAAUCAGUUCUGUGAAAUGAAUAGUUACAGAAAUCUUUCCACGUAAUAUAACGAAACUUAAUGUAGCUUCACUUAUUCUGAGAAUGGAAACAAAUCGAACUCUUUCAUCUUUUACCCUGCUGCUGAAAUAGUUUUUAUCUGAAAGUUUUGUUUGAAAAUCUAAAAUAUUUGUUUGGAAAUCUAUUUUUUUUGUUUGAAAAUCCCAAACUUUGAAUGAAAAUCUGGAUUUUUUUUUUGAAAAUCUAAAAUUUUAUUUUGAAAGUUUAAAAUUGUACCUCCUCCUGCUCCUCCUCUCUCUCUCCUCCUCUUCUCUCCUUUUCCUUCUCUCCUCUUCCUGCUCCUCCUUCUCUCGCCCCUGCUUCUCUAAAAAAUCUAAAAAUUCUGUUUAAAACAAAAUAUUGUUUGGAUUUUUUUUUUUUUUUUGAAAAUCCUAAACAUUUUUUUUAAGUCUAAAAUUUUAUUUUGAAAGUCUAAAAUUGUACUUUGAAAAAUUAAAGGUUUCGUUUGGAUUUUUUAAACAGAACUUUUAGAUUUUCAAGGAUUGUUUAUUUAUUGAUAAUUAAGAACUGUUGUUUGUAUUUCGACAUUCAGUUUUGUUUGCAAUUAAAAAUCCAAUUUAAGUGUUUGUCUUAUGAAGUCCUGCCAUACAGAAUCACCAUGACAACAAAUAACUUUUUAGUUUUUAUCCACAAUAAAACAUUAUCAUAUUAAA